AUGGAGCUGUUGGCUGAGCAUGAUUUACCGAUAACUGGUCUUGACUGGGCUCCGAAAACCAACCGUAUUGUUUCGUGUGCUCAGGAUAAGAAUGCAUUUGUUUGGACAUUCGACGGCUCUCACUGGAAGCCAGAACUUGUCAUUUUGCGGAUGCAUCGAGCGGCAACAUGCAUAAAAUGGUCUCCAUAUGGUUUGUCACUUAGCUCGAAAUACUGCGUUCUUGUGGAGCAAUUCUGCUCAUUGCACUACGAGGAGUACUUCGUCUGUUGGGCUCGUGUUUUUUCUGCAUACGUAAAAGAAGUGGACGAGAAGCCGUCGCCAAAUCCGUGGGGUUCGAAGAUGCCAUUUGGUGCUUUGAUGUGUGAGGUGAAAUGUCCGGCUUGGGUUCAUCACGUUGCAUUUUCACCAUCCGGCUGUCGUAUGGCGUACGUUUCGCAUGAUUCAACAAUUGCUGUCAUCGACACAAAUCGAUCACUAAACGAUGCAGUGGUUUUGCAUACAAUUUAUCUUCCGUUCACUUCUGUUCGAUGGGAUCAGCUGAAGUUUGUAACAAAACUUGAUGUUCCAUCCGAGCAUAAAUCAUCGAAUAUUAACUCGGCCAUGCAAAAAUUCCGGAACAUUGAUCGCAAUGCGGCCGGUGAAGCUGUCGAUGUCCGAUUGAGGACACUGCAUCAGAAUGCCAUAACGUCAGCACUUUUCUAUUUUUAUGAUAAAGAGCCACAUGGGGAAAUCCUGCCACACAGUGGUCGUUAUGAUAAUGUGCAGAAGUUCAGUACUUGUGCAAUCGAUGGAGUGGUCGCUUUAUGGGACCUCAGAAGUGCUGUUGGUCUGAUUCAAUGCCGGGAUGGACAGGACCAUCCAUACAGUUUGUGUGGGGAUCUCCCGUUCGUGUAG